AUGAAGAGUUUCAACAUAUCUCAGUACUUAGGUGGUGAUGCAUACAUCAACAAGGGAGACAAGUUAAACAAACAUCAGUACCGAAAGACAGGCAUGGAGAGGAGCUUAAUGGUGGACAAACCCUAUGCUUUAGUUAUAGGGAGCCUUAUGUAUGCUAAGGUAUACACUCAUCCAGACAUUGCCUUUAUGAUUAAUGUGCUUGGGAGGCGUCAGUUAGAUGCUAGUAAAGCUCACUGGACAACAACCAAGAAGGUGAUGAGGUAUCUACAAAGGAUAAAGGACUUCAAGCUGGUCUACAGUGGUAAUGAUAGACUUGAGGUGAUAGGGUAUUAUGACUUUGAUUUCAAUUGUUGCACAAAUGAUAGCAAGUCCACCUCUGGUUACAUCUUCUUGAUGGGCAGUGGAGCCAUCUCGUGGAGGAGCGCUAAGUAG